AUGUCUAGCUCAUCUAGCUCUAGCGAUGAUGAAAUGAUGAAGAGGUUCUUUCUUAUGGGAGCUGCUGCCGUCGAGGAAGAAGAACAAGGGAAAGGUUCAACUUCAGUUCAACACAAAAGACGUACCGUGGACUACGUUCGGAUCGGUAAAAGUACGUCGCUUGAGAGCGUGAAGAGGUUCGUUCGAUCGAUUAUCAACAUCUUUGGGGAGGAAUACCUUCGUUCACCGACUAAUGAAGACAUUGCACGCCUGCUCGAGGAAGGUUCACAACGAGGUUUUCCUGGUAUGCUUGGGAGCAUCGACUGCAUGCACUGGGUAUGGAAGAACUGUCCAACCGCCUGGCAAGGUAUGUAUACUGGGCAUUUUCAUGAACCUACAAUUAUUUUGGAGGCCGUAGCUAGCAAAGAUCUUUGGAUAUGGCAUGCAUUCUUUGGACUGCCGGGGUCUCACAAUGAUCUCAAUGUGCUACACCGUUCACCGGUUUUUGCACAACUUGCGGAGGGAAGAGCUUCACCGUGCAACUAUAUUGUUAAUGGCCACGAGUACAAUAUGGGAUACUAUCUCGCCGACGGGAUUUACCCAGAGUGGUCCACAUUAGUGAAGACUAUUCCAGCACCGUGA